AUGUCUUCAGGGUUCGUCAGUGGUGGCAAAGCCGGGGAGGAAGUGCAACGCGACGAUGAGUGGAAAAGAGCGCAGCAGGAAAUUGAAGAUGCCAGACGUGCCAAAGCCGAGCUAGCAAAGCAGCACGACGGCAAGAGUCUGUACGAAGUCUUGCAAGCCAACAAAGACAAGAAACAAGCCGAGUUUGAAGAAAAGGCACGCUACAAACUUCAUGUCGCCCUUGACGACGAGGAAGCCGACUACCUGGAUUCAAUCCUUGAGAAGAAGCGCCUGGAAGAAGCCAACGUCAAGAAAGAAACUACCGAGCAGCUUGAUCUAUUCCGACGGCAGCGUGAAGAGGCGGAGAGAAAGGUACGUGGGCUUGAGGAGGAGACUGCAGAGCCGGCGCAGGAGCACGGUGCCGAACAGUGGGCAGCUGCUGGAAAGAAGAGGAAGAAAGGGCCUGAAGCCGGACUACUCAAGGGUGUGAAGCUGAGGAAAUCGAGUUCCAUCCCAGAGGAGCAUAAGCCUGCUGAAAAAUCACAGUCGACGACAGAGACAAUCCAGCAAAAAACGACAAACAUUCCUUCCCAGGUGAAUGCUAAGGCCGAUACGACAAGUUCUGCAAACCCACCUGUCGCCAAUGUACAGCCCUCAACAAAUGCGUCUGCGUCGAAAACAGGAAAUGCACUUUCUCUUGGACUAGGCUACGCCUCCUCCGACGAUGAGGACUAG